UUCUGGGCAUUCGGGCUGGUGACGUGUACAUUGUGGCAAAUGUCAGAUGUGACGAUGUGCACCUCGUCCAUCAUGCACAUGUGCAUCAUCUCCCUUGAUAGGUACAAAUGCAUUAGAGACCCCAUGUCCCUAAGAAACAGGUCCAAACGAUCGGUGGCUUUUAGGAUCGCUGCUGUCUGGAUUUUCGCCAUAUCGAUAUCUUCGCCGCUCGCUCUUUUAGCAACAUUCAGACCAUUGGACAUACUCAAUUCAAAAUCAGAAUGUAUUAUAUCAAAUCCAAAUUUUUUGGUCUACGGUUCGAUUGCUGCAUUUUUCUUACCGCUGGUCGUCAUGUUAUUAACAUAUUCACUUACAAUUAGGUUGCUCAGUCAAAAAGCAAAA